AUGAAAAGAAGUGCGCCUUCAGACUUAAAGGCGGCGCCGAAAGCAAAGAAACCGCGCCCAGAAGUUCCGGAGUACCAUCUUAUCCCGUCGUUGGGAGAUAAUUCGGGCGAGGUUAUCUGGCCGGCUCCACAGAAGCAGAUUGAUGAUGCCCGCGACUUUAUAUUAGAAUGCGCAUCUGCCAAUAAGAAAGUCUUGAUUGUCCCUGAUAAAGACGCCGAUGGCCUGACCUCCGGCGCCAUUCUGCAGAAGACCUUGGUAUCGCUGGGCCUUGACCCAGCCUUGAUAUCGUCGCACCAUAUCUCCAAGGGGAGUAAUAUCCACGAGGACAAAGAGCGCACAGCCAUGGCUGCCUACAAGCCUGGCUAUGUCAUUGUCCUGGAUCAAGGCUCUCGUCGCUCACCGCCCGUCAUCGACGCUCCCCACAAGGCGCUAGUGAUAGACCACCAUCACGCCCUGGAGGAUGAGUUCCCUCAGGGCGCCCUGCACGUGACGGCAUGCAAUUCUCCUCCCGUGGCGACCAGCUCGCUGCUAACGUAUCUCAUCUGCGUUGAUUUGCAUGAGGAAGUUCAAAGCCAGUGUGACUGGCUGUGUGCAAUGGGCACUCAUGGCGACCUGGGGAAUACCCUGAAAUGGGAGCCGCCUUUUCCAGAAAUGAAGGCCACUUUCAAAAUGUAUACCAAGAAAGCCAUCAACGAUGCGGUGUCGCUCAUCAAUGCACCGCGACGGACGGCGGCGUUCGGGGUGCCAAACGCCUGGAAAGCGCUCAUCUCCGCUGCUACGCCUAAAGAACUCCUAGCGAAUCAAUCGCUUCUGGCCGCCAGAGCUGAGGUGAACGCCGAGGUGGAAAGGUGCACGCAUACAGCCCCCAAAUUCUCGAGCGACGGCAAAAUUGCCGUCUUCCGAAUCAACUCUGCUGCCCAGGUACACCCUUUGAUCGCGACGCGAUGGGCUGGUCAUCUUCAAUCGUCCAAGUUGGAAGUCAUUCUCGUCGCGAACGAGGGAUAUCUACCGGAUAUGGUGAACUUUUCCUGUCGUAUACCGCGGAGUGCGCGAGGUCGGAAUAUUCCAGUGAACAUCAUCGAGGUUUUGCAAGACAUUGUGGACAGGGCGCCUGACCCUUCACUACGAGCUCGUAUGGGCGAGUCAUUUGCCCGUGGGCACAAGGAGGCAAGUGGAGGGAUUGUGCCGAAGAAGGAGUUUGAGGAGUUGAUAGAUAUCCUAGAGAUUGGGAAGAAAGCCGAAAGUGGCAGUCCGGCAAAGUCCAAAGUCAAGAAUCCCGCCCCAAACCAAGUGAAUACCAUCAUGAACUAUUUUGGGAAGAAAAAUUAG